CGUUGUGCUAGCUGUAUUUUCGUAGCGGCUGAUUGUAAUCUGCAUACUUCUGAGCAAGAUUGGGAGAAAUUUCAGCGUGAGUAUCACGAAUUAGAGUUACAAAUUGCUCGGCUGAAGUUGCACCUUACUCAAAGUAAGGUGGAGCUUCUGGAGCUUCAGGAUCGCGAGCACUCGUAUGCUUACCGAGAUCUUGUAUUGCACGCGUAG